AUGCAGCCCGGCGUAGGCACCGUCACUUCUACAACAACUACGGCCACUGCCACCUCCGCGACCCUUUAUGCUGAUGCCGGCAAAAUCAACCCUGUAGAAUGGUUUCCAUUUUACCAGGGUUGCGUGGAGCACUUCGUGAACGUGGCACAGUAUCGGCCCUUGGCACGGUCGCUUGCUGCUCACAUAAAUAUCCUCCUCCCCUACCAACGCACCACCGAUGCCGUCCUUGAAUUCUCCAAGUCUAUCGCAAAUGAAUCUAACUCGACGAAACAGCAACUUUCAAGUUCAACAUCCAGAUUAAUCUCGCUUACUCCAUACAUUCGGCGCCUGGUGAUUACAGCAACAGAUGCGCCGGCCAUUAUGCAGGAACUGUUUGGAAAUGACUGGGUCAAAGGCGUUGGCACAGUCCACUCACAGGAACGGGUGAACUAUCUCUUCUCGGCCAAAAGUGGAGGGUGGCUAAAAACCAAGGCUCAAUAUGAUUUAUCACCGCACGAAACCGUACCUUUUUUGCGUCCACUACGCGAUCCACAGGAAGAAGAACUUCGAGCGGCGGAGACUCAUUGGAGUGAGUGGCUUGCUAUGGAAGACUGGAUGGUGGGCCCACGCAGUCCGUUUGAGGAUCUGCCGGGGAAGUAA